AUGGCUACCGUUCUCCAGACCACUGGAGAAAUGAUUCACAAUGCCGGCCAUCAUAUCCACCAUCAUAGCAAGAACGUUGGAAAUCAACUCGAAGACACUACCAACCGAGUCUUUCCGCCCAAGCAGCGUGAACAGAUGAUGGAGAAAGGCCGUGUUUACGCUCAGAAGAACCCGAAGACAGCCGCCUUUCUCACAACCCAGGCCGUACUGGUCGGCCUCCCACUUGUCCUCUUCGUCGCCUUUGCAAUCGCCACGCUGCUCGUCUCCUUGACAACCUGCCUGUUUCUUGGCCUCCUCGUCUCCUGCGCCACUACCUUCCUGGUCGUCGGCUUCUCGCUCAUCUUCGUCGUCCCGACCAUCAUCCUGGCCAGUUGCUCGGCAGCCUUCAUCUUCAUCUGGGGACUCGUAGGCUACGUCGUCCUACGCAGACUCAAUGAGGGUGAGGCGCCAGCUAAGCCUGGCACACGUGUUGGCGAUACUCUACAGUCACUGACUGGCGGUAGAUCGGCAUAUUGGCUCGGCGAUGAAGCAUCUGCGCAAGGCAGCGGCAACAGAGGCAAGGUGGAUCACGGAUCAUCUUUACAAGGGGGCACUGCAGGUACUGGGGACAUCCAGUCUCGUGUUGCAAAACACAAUGGAGACGGCGGGCCUGUCAACGGAGUAAAUCAGACGCAUGGUGCGAUUGAGUGGGGGACAAAGUGGGACGGAGUCAAGAGUGAGCCAAUGGUCUUGGAGACAGACAACGUGUUCGAGGUCUUGAAGGCGGAGGCUCCGGUAUCCUAG